GAAGUUCCGCUGGUUUUAGGACCCCGCGGAGCCCCUCAUAGAAGCACAUGGUCUCCACUCAUAAGACAAAUGUUCUCGUCUGUAUCUUUUCCUGAAAUGAAUGUGAUUCCAGAGGACGAGCAGCGGCGGCGGCGGUUUGAGUUUUCCUCGGCGUUUUCCCUCUCACUCGCUCCAAGAACUCCACCUUUUUGAACGGAGUCGGCUGUGCGCGCAGCUGCGCGUCUCUGAAUGGGGCGCAGAGUUGGAUCAGCUCAGCUGUCAUCGGGAUAUCCUGAAGCCCCGCUCAGACUCCCGAUCAGAUUUCAGGAAGUCACUUAUUUUAUUUCCCCCCUCUGAGCGGGGGAAAGGCUGUUCUCUCACAUCAGAUGUUGUUGGAAGAUGGUUGCGCUGCAGUAGAGAGCAGCUCCGCUUCAGCAUCAUCAUGAGCCCAGAGAGCCCGAGUCUCAAGUUUAUUCUGACAGCGCUUCAGGCUUUAACGGUCUCCUUGGUGAUGGGUGACAAGGUGCACUCUGCUGAAGGGAAUCCUCUGAGUACACUUCAUCAACACGGAGCAACAGAAAAGCAGAAAAGCUACGAGACGACGGUGCCUCUUCAUCUUGUUGGAGAAGAUUGGAAGCCAGUCAGCCAAUUCAAACCGCAGGAUCACCCCGCAUCGCUGAGGCUCCGGGUGGAGGUGGAAGGUGAGCGGCUGCUUCUGGCUCUGGAGAAAAACGAGGGGCUUUUUGCAAGUAACUAUACCGAAACUCAUUAUCUGGAAGAUGGAACUGCGGUCACAGGCCUUCACAACUUCACGGGAAACUGCUACUACCACGGAGAGGUGGAGGGUCAUGCCAACUCGGAUGUCAGCCUCAGUAUCUGUUCCGGGAUUAAGGGUUUCAUAUCACUUGGAGGCAGAGCCUACAUGCUGGAACCAUGCACUAGCUGCUCUGAUGGGACACACUGGAUCUACUCAGCAGAACACCUCAGCUUUGUUUCUGGCACCUGUGGUCAUGAUUUCAACAUAUCCCACCCUGCUGUGUUUGCAGACAGCAGCCCAUUCAAGGCCUUUGGCUCUAGGCACAAACGCCACCUCCAGUCAACAACCAAGUAUGUGGAGCUCAUCAUUGUUGCUGACAACCGAGAGUUUCAAAAGCAGGGGAAAGACAUGGAGAAGGUCAAACAGCGGCUGGCUGAGAUCGCCAAUUACGUGGACAAGUUCUACAGAGCUUUGAAUAUCCGAGUGGCGCUGGUGGGACUCGAGGUCUGGAGUGACGCUGACAAAUGUCCCAUCACCCAGGAUCCCUUCACUACCUUGCAUGAGUUUCUAGACUGGAGGAAGGUCAAAUUAUUGCCUCUGAAGCCACAUGACAAUGCUCAGCUAAUCAGUGGCGUGUAUUUCCAAGGCACCACCAUUGGGAUGGCGCCCAUCAUGAGCAUGUGCACAGUGGAGCAGUCGGGAGGAAUAGUUAUGGAUCACUCAGACAAUCCCCUGGGAGCUGCAGUCACUCUGGCCCAUGAACUGGGACAUAACUUUGGAAUGAACCAUGACACGCCGGAGAGGGGGUGUGGCUGCAGAGUGACAGUGGACCGCGGAGGCUGCAUCAUGACUCCUUCCACUGGGUAUCCAUUCCCCACAGUGUUCAGCAGCUGCAGCAAGAAGGACCUGAUGGCUAGUUUUGAGAAAGGCGUUGGGAUGUGUCUGUUUAACAUGCCGGAGCUUAAGGUGCUCUAUGGUGGGCAGAAAUGUGGCAACGGCUACGUGGAGGAGGGAGAGGAGUGUGACUGUGGAGAACUAGAGGAGUGCUUGAACCCUUGCUGCAACGCUACAACCUGCACUCUGAAAGGAGAUGCUGUCUGUGCCCAUGGACACUGCUGCCAGGACUGCCAGCUGAAACCGGCAGGAACGCCCUGCCGGGAGUCCAGUAACUCCUGUGACCUGCCUGAGUUCUGCACUGGUACCACGCCCCACUGCCCCUCCAACGUCUACCUCCAUGAUGGUCACGCCUGCCACAGCGUGGACGGCUACUGCUACAAUGGCAUAUGCCAGACCCAUGAGCAGCAGUGCAUAACUCUGUGGGGUAAAGGAGCCAAACCAGCUCCAGGGAUCUGCUUUGAAAGGGUCAACUCAGCAGGAGACCCAUAUGGCAACUGUGGCAAGGAUUCAAAGGGCUCCUUUGCCAAAUGUGAAGCGCGCGAUGCUAAAUGUGGCAAAAUCCAGUGUCAAGGAGGAGCAAACCGCCCCGUAAUUGGCACCAACGCCGUUUCCAUAGAAACAAAUAUACCCCUGCAGGAAGGUGGAAGGAUACUGUGCCGAGGCACACACGUCUACUUGGGUGACGACAUGCCCGACCCAGGCUUGGUCUUGACGGGGACAAAGUGCGGAGACGGAAUGAUGUGUCUGAAUCGUCAGUGCCAGAAUGUCAGCAUUUUCAACGUGCACGAGUGCGCUGCCAAGUGCAGCGGUCGAGGGGUGUGCAACAACAACAAGAACUGUCACUGUGAGGCCCACUGGGCGCCUCCUUUCUGUGACAAGGUGGGUUUUGGAGGAAGCGUGGACAGUGGGCCCAUCAGGGUUGCAGACAGCAGGAAUCUGACGGUGGGUGUCCUGGUGGCUCUUCUCACUUUACUGGGAGCUGCUCUGAUCAUCUGCGUCAAGAGGAAGACUCUAAUGGGCCUGCUGUUCACCAGCAAGAAGAACCCAAUAGAAAAGCUCAGAUCAGAAAGUGCUGCAGUCAGUGGACCAUCAGCUCCUAAACCUCCUUCUACAGUCAGCACAGUAUCUCCAUCACGCCCAGCACCGCCUCUGCCACACAGCACCACCAUCUUCAAGUCCCCUCAUCGGGGGCCAGAAGCAGGGCCCCCACCAGCCCCUUACCCUGUCCACAGCCUCCGCAGACUCCCCCAGUGCCCUCCAGUUCACCUCAGCCAUCCGGUCCCCCUGUCUCUCACCCUGUCCCUCUCCCCUGAGCCCAGACAGCCGAGACCCCCAGUUCCUCCGCCUCAUCAAGUCCCUCUGCCUCACAUCCACAUGGCGCCCAGGGGUGCGUCACUCCACAGCACGGCGCACCAUAACUCCUGCAGGAUGGUGAUGGCGCUGGAGAAGCCCAGUCCUCCACAGAAACCUCUUCCUGCUGAUCCAAGGAGCUCCCGUUUGGUGCGAAGUCCCUCUUCAGUGCAGGACAACUCUGCAGCUGCCAUAUGUGGGCCUUCAGUGGUAGCAGGUGUGCCUAGACCUGUGCGACCGGUCCCACACUCCAGCAGGUGAACUGUCCUCAUCACUGUGCACGUAUGAGUAAAAGGCCGAGUCCCAAACAGCCUCCAACGCUACCAAAGCCUUGCAUCGUUGCCAACGUUAAAUACAGCAGCUGAGACUUCGGCCCAGAGGGACAUCGCUGGAAUACACACAAAAUAAUUUGCACUAUUGAAACUCUGAGAACCCUAAAAACGAUCUCCGAGUUGUGAAUCAAGAGAUUUGCCGUGUCCCUUUGGCGCUCUGCCUCUGAAUGGUGCUACGAGUCUGAGCUCAGGUAGAUGUAAAGUAUUUAUAUUCUGUAUUUAUUACCACUCAGUGCACUGUGCCAGACACUUUUACUACACGGUAGCAACUUUGAAUCUUUUUUUACUUCAAUUUUUUCAAUGUGCACACUUUUUUUUCUUUUCUUUUUAAAAAAGAAAGUUAAAAAAAUAAAAACACAGGAAGAAAUGAGGAGAAACAGCAGUUAGGGGGAGUGUUCCCGGAGCUUUCGACAUGAUGUUUGUGUUGCAGCAGUGACCGAUGAGAUGUGGGGGUUUCUUAAAAGGAAAUGCUCUCAGGAGCGUCUUUGAGCCAAUCUGGCAAGACUUGAAACAACGACAGGAAAAGAGAAAACGGUGCUACGGCGAGAGCUCUGCAGUGUUUUUUCCUAAUCAGAAGAUCAUCUGCAGGUAUCUUUCUUGUUCAGACAGAUUAAGCAGAAAGUUGAAUAAUUUGCAGCAUUGGUUUUGUUUUUGAAGGAAACGUGAAGCAAACACAGGUGGAAAAUGAAAAAGUCAAGGAAAUUAAAUGGAAAUAAAACUUCAGCGACAGAUCACGUGUUUUUUUAAGGACUUCUUGCCUCUGCACAAAAGCCUCUGGAUUCAGAUCUUUGCUCACAUGGUAACCGUUUGGCUAUAGCUUUCAUCGCCAUGGAACAGUUUCACUUGAAAAGGCUGCGAUUCUUGUUCUGUGAAGGUAAAUGGAGACACCCAACGAGAACAGUUUUUCAUGUCAUUGUUAUUCUUUACUUAGUCAGUAUUUUGAAAAGCGAUUUACAUGCUGGAUAAAGAAUCGUUAAUAAACAAGACAGUGUUUUAUUAUUCUGGCAGAACAAGGUAGACUUGGCUGCAGCUCAUUACAUUUAAACGCGUUUGCUCUUUAGACACCUAUAAACUUUUUAACUUUUUGAUACUGUCUUUUUUAUUUGAGGCACAUGUGUUUCAUGUACUAACAGACAGCAUCUGAGUGUAGUCACAUGUUCCAUCUGUAUGUUGUUUGUAUGUUGUGUUACAGGUGAACACGCCUUCAUGGAGAAUGCUCUUUGUUUCUAUUACUGACUGUUUGAUAGUUUGUAUGUAAAAAAAAAAAGAAAAUAUAUAUAUAAAAAUGAAGUGUCAUUCCUGAUGUUUAAACACAUUCAAUAUUAAUAAAACGGAUUUUAAAUAAAAACAAGUAUCUUGAUUUAUUGUGUGUGUGUGUGUGUGUGUGUGUGUGUGUGUGUGUGUGUGUGUGUGUGUGUGUGUGUGUGUGUGUGUGUGUGUGUGUGUGUGUGUGUGU